AUGAAAGCUCGCAAGGUUGCAAGGGAGAAAGCUGUUGAUGAAAAUCGCAAGCUAUCGGCAGAGUACAAAAAAGUCCAGCGAGCCCAAGAAAAGAUGAGAUAAAUUUGUCCAGUAUUAAUGUUUUGGGAAGAUUUUUAUUUUCAACAUCAGAGAAUAUUGUAACAAAGGAUUAUAGGAAAGUGGUGGAGGUCCAUGUGUAGGGAGGCUUGAAUUUCAAUUUUGACAGGGUAAAGAAAUUCAAAAUAAUAAUAAUGAUAAUAAUAAUAAUAAUAAUAAUAAUAAUAAUAACAACUAUUAUUAUUAUUAUUAUUUUAAUAAGAAUUAUUUUCAUUAUGAACUGGGUAAUCAUGGUUUGUUUAAACCUCGCUGUACUUCUCUACACAAACACUUGUUAAUAUCCCCCCCCCGCACAAGCUUUUUAUGUGUUUAAACUCUAAAUGACACUUGAAAUUAAACAAUCAGUGCUUAUGAAAUCACUUGUAUAAUAAUUGCUUUCAGUUGGCCACAGUCAGGGAACACUUCAAAGACAUAACAAAUGAAUUAGAAAAUAUUCCUGUGAGUAUACUCUUGAUUCUUUAUUGUGGUUGUUUUACCAGUACCAGUAAGUAUGCAGCAAAAAACUGCUGGGCGCAACCUCCAACUAAGUCUGUAGGUUUGCAUUGAUUAGUGGUUGGAUGAGGUUUAAUUUUAUGCCAAAUUUUAUUAAUAAUGUGAACAGAAAAAUAUUCAAUUUUGUAAAAAUAAAAAAAAAUAUUUUGCAAGUUCAAUUUCGGUGAACUAACCACUUAACACAGAGCCAGUGCCAGAAUGACAGCCAUGGUCAGGCUUCUAUGCUGGUACCUAUGCAAGAAACCUGAGCGAGUGCCUGUGUUCAUUUGGUCAGUAAAGACUGUCAUAAAUGACAGUGUCUCUAAAUUGUAAACAUCAACAUAUUGAAUGUAAGAUUUGGCUAAAUAUCUAUUUUGUUAUCAUCCAACCACAUCUAAUUUAAAUAAUUGUGUUACUACCCAGUGUCUAAUUUAGCAAUAUUUUAGUCACAGGGACAGGUAUCUCAGGCACGAACAAGAAGCCCUACUGCACUUGUCAAUGGAGAAUCAACACUGGGACCAAGGACUGCAAGAAAAAGGAGGCAUGAAACCAUUGAAGCUGCUGCCAAAAUUCAUGGGAGCUCAAAUGAACAUUCCUCAGCCUGUUUCGAGGGAAUGUUUGACACUCUGCAAAAGAGAUGCAAGUUAGAUAAGUUAACAAAAUAUGUGACAGAGAACAAGCAGUUGACCAAUAGAAUAGUUUGUAAAGAGUAUAAGAAGAGUGUGUUAGAAUUUGAAAAGUCAGAUGACAACAUUGUUCGAAGUAUUGCAACAUAUUAUGCAAGUGGUGUAAUGGGGAAACGAAAGUACAAAAGUGUAAGACUGGUGCUUUCAAUGAAAUCAAAUGAAGGCAAACCAGGGAAAAGAACAAGUAUUUCAAUUUGUAAAGGCUGUAAGGUUCCAAAGCUUCUAACUUAUAGUAACCUUGUAGAACAGUUAAAAAAGAUUGACAUUGGGACUGUUCAUGAAAUUGACCCAGACUAUCUAGAGGGCUUAGAAACUGAAAACCAAGUCAAUGGUGCAUAUAGAGACUUGAGACAAUACCUCCCAAUGCUUGCCAAAUUUUAUCUUUCUCAGAACAGAAAAGAAAGUCUGAAAGGCUUUGCAGAAUCAACAGGCACUUUUCAAAUUGCUCUUGGUGGCGACAGAUGCCCAUUUGGCAAAUAUGAGAGCGCGUGUUCUUUCUUAGUCAGUUUCCUCAAUGUUGGAAGAAGGGUGGCAUCAAGUUAUGAUAACUUUCUAAUUUUUGGUGCCAACUGUGAUGAAAGCUCUCCUGUUACAAAGAAAUAUGUGAGGUCAUUAUUACCUCAAAUUGCAGAGUUAGAAAGAACUGAAUAUGAAUUUGAAGGCAUGAAAUAUAGGUUUAAGCUGGAGGAAUUGCCAAAUGACAUGAAGAUGCUUGCCAUGUUGGCAGGUGAAUUAACUAUUAGUGCUAAGUAUUUCUCACCCUUUGCUAAUGUUUCAUUAGCUGAUUGUAGGGAUGUCAAGGGUACAUUUAGAACUGAAAGUUCAAACAAGUGGAAGCCAUGGAGUUACAAGCAAAGAGUAAAUGUUGUCAACAAGGUUGAAGCAUUUAACCCUUUCCUUCCCAGGUAGCCCUGCAGGGCUACCUGGACCACACACAAAAAGCUCCAGGCGUUCCUCGUGUUACAACCGUGAAGUCGGAGUCUGGGUACGAUUAAAAGCCAUCAGUGUUGUUUUGAGUCUUAUUCUGGCUAGUUUGGGACGUUUUCCUCGCAAUUUUUUGCCUUUCUCGGAUAGUUACACCUUUCUUGUUUAUCAUCAGGAUAUUUAAAAAUGGCGACUUGUCGAAUUCGAGAAAAUUUGUCUGUAGAAGAAGUUUUAGAGCGGCUAGAUGCGAUGGACGCCGAUCCAUCGAUCGCUUAUGACUCGUCUGAGUCAGAGAUCGAAGAUGAGGAAGUUGUGGCCGUUUUUCCUGAGAAUUCAGUGGGAAUUGAGGAUAAUUCUGGCGACAGUCCUUCUUUAUCGGAUGAAGAAUGCGAGUCUUCGAGUGAAAGUGAGGUAGAUCGUCGUGAAUAUGUGAGAGAACAGCGACAAGACAGGUCUCGACAGCUUCGAGAAGCCAUUGGCAGAGCACGUGGGUCGAAGAAGAGGCCAAGGAGCGGUGAGAGCCAGAGGGAGGAGAGGAGGAAACCGAGGAGCCAGAAUCCAAGAUGGCGGCCAACAAUAUGUUUGGUUAGAGGAAAACAGCAGGAGAAAUUUAAAACAGUUUACAAGUGCUGUUGGGCCAACAAGACGAGGUGAGAGGAGGCAGGCAAGUGCUCUUGAGUACUUUGAACUGUUUUUUGACCACCAUGUGUGGAAUUUGUUAUUGACAAUGACAAACCUGAAUGCACAAAGGAAGAGGGCUGCUGGUACUGAUGGUGGGGCCUGGAAAGAUGUGACCCUGGAAGAACUGAAGGCAUUCUUUGGACUAAACAUUGCCAUGGGAAUUGUGAAAUUGCCUGAGGCUAAAAUGUACUGGCAGCAGAAAUGGCUUACUAAUGUUCCUGCCUUUGGUCAAGUCAUGCCCAGGAAUCGCUUUUCCAGAUUUUGCGCUAUUUGCAUGUCUCUGAUGAUGCUGCUAUUGUUCCUGUUGGACAACCAGGAUACGAUAAGUUACACAAAAUAAAGCCACUAUUGGAACUGCUUUUUCCUAACUUUGAAAAAAGCUUAUAAUCUCCAUAAGAACAUAUCUAUUGAUGAAUGUAUGAUUCCUUGGAGGGGCGUUUGUCCUUCCGCCAGUUUAUUGCAAGUAAGCCAAUCCGUUUUGGCAUCAAAGUCUGGGUCUUGGCAGAUUCAGAAAGUACAUAUAUUUAUAGGCAGCAAUUGUAUAUAGGGAGAAAUCCAGGGGAAAGGGCAGAGGUGGGACUAGCAACUAGGGUGGUAAAGGAAUUGUGCACUGGAUUGGAGGGUUUUGGCCAUCAUUUAUAUACUGAUAAUUUUUACACAAGCGUGGAUCUUUAUCAGUAUUUAUUUGAAAACAGUAUUUAUGCUUGUGGGACCAUCAAGGGAUCGAGGAAGAAUUUUCCGAAUGAAAUAUUAUUUGAAGGGACCAGGGGCUUGGCCAGGGGCACAUAUCAAUGGCGGAUGUGUGGUCCACUUCUUGCUGUUGGGUGGCUAGACAGCAAAGCUGUUUAUUUUUUGUCUACCAUUCACCCCCCUGAAUUUCCACGUCGGGCAAAUGCUGAGGCAAGGGUUGUUCGGCGAAGAGGGGCGGGAGAGGGAGGGGAAAGUGGAGAUGUCCCUUGCCCACCCUUGUUGAAGGAUUAUAAUAAUUGCAUGGGUGGGGUUGAUCAAGCUGAUCAAAUGCUAAGGUAUUACACUUGUAUCAGGAAAACAGUGAAGUGGUACCGUCGUGUUCUUUUCCAUGAGGUAGAGGUGGCCAUUCACAAUGCCUUUGUCAUUGAAUGCCAUGAAAGGGAGGGAACAAACAGACCUAGGAGGGUUGCUUUGGACUUCAGGUAUGAGUUGGCCGAGGGUCUGAUAGGGAAUUCCCGUACCCAACCAAAGACCCCAAAUGCGCCACGAAAUGAGGAGUUACGACUCCAAAAUGUGGGUGCACAUAUGCCAGAAAUGCUUGCAACUAGGGGAAAUUGUGCUGUUUGCAGCAAAAAAAUAAGACUAUCUCAUAAAAAUGACUUCAAAGAUGUUCCCAAGGAUAGGUCACCCCCAGUUCCAUAUGUGCCACGCCCAAGCAUAUUUUGCAGGGUGUGUAAUGUUUUCCUGUGCAUCCAGAAGGAUCACAACUGUUGGGGUGAUUAUCAUUCUAAAGUAGAGUACUGGAGAUAGAAUUAAUUUUGUAGACAAUUUUACCUUGCAUUUUAAACAUUUGGGUCUUGCUACAGGCUUUGUAAAUUGAAAAAUGUUAAUUUUUUAUAUUAAAAUAUAUUUUUUAUUAAGUUUAUUAAUAUUUUAUUAGAAGCUGUGACUAUAUGACACUGUAUUAAAUGAUAUAUUCUUAAAAAGAAAUGUCUAAAGUUUCAUUUGAUAUCUCAUUUAUGGUAGUAUGUUGACCAUUAAACAACUUAGAAACAUUUAUUUGUUGGUCCUCUUGUAUCCUUAAAAUCCACCCCCGGGAGCCUGGGAAUGAAAGAGUUAAGAAAAGAGUAGCACUAGAAAAAAUUUCUGAAAAGACAAAGAGAUCUAAAAUUACUGAUUAUAUUGCCAAGCAAAGUAGUAGACAGGAAUUUUUGCCUCUCUUAGGUUCUUAUAUUGACAAAGCUCAUGUGGAACCCCUUCAUCUAAAGAACAAUGCUUGGCAGUACUUCUUUAAAGCAGUUUUGACAGAAGCUAUAAGAAAAUCUAAGCUGCCAGCUGAUUGUAAAAAGUUUUCAGAGGUUCCAGCUGAUAGCCCUUUUGCACAAGUAAUUACAGCUUUACAAACAGAAGUAAAAGCCAGGCGCCUUGCAAACAAGACCAAACAAUGGUUUAAUGAAACUCAAGGGUCUGGAGCUGAUUGGCAUUAUAGAUUUACCGGAAAAGAUUCCCGCUGUUUUUGUCAUAACUUCAUGAGACUAAUCAAGUGGCUAAGGUGUGAAAAAGACUCCAGUAAAGAACGUCAAACAGUUCUUGCUUUAGCUUAUUUAGGUGUGAGGCUAAGGGACUGUGUUUCUCUCUUUAGUAGAUUUGAGAUAACAUCAGACCACAUUGAUCAGCUUUCUAUUGCCUGUCAUGAGUAUUUUAAAGUAAAUUCAUUGUUGUUGCCAAGUUCUGUAAAUCCUACUGCCUGGACAUUGGGUCACAUUGUCCCGGCUCAUUGUCGUCAAGUGCUUGAAAAGUAUGGCCAGGGGUUGGGGUUGGUAACCAUGGAAGGACGAGAAGCGAAGCAUAUUUUUCUUAAAAAAUUAGGUGAAAAUACAACAUAUCAAAACAGAUGGGUUGAAAUAUUUAGACAUGAAUAUGUGAUGCUGAUUUGGCUACCUCAGCAAGGUUUUCAGCAGCCAGAAGCUGCAUGCAAAAAUGUAGCCUACAUCCCAGAGAGGGUAUUCAAUGAUCCAUCUUAUUGCUAUUGUGGUCUGUUAAAGGCAUGUCCUGAGGAUGCUAAGUGCUGUGUCUGUGGAGACCCAAUCAUGAAAUUUAUUGAGCAAAGUGUAAAGGACGGAAGGAUUGCUCCACAGCUUUUGUAA